CUGGACUUUAUACAGGAGGGGAAAAGCCUGACAUCCUGAAAAUGGCAGCUGAGACAUCCACAGGGGUUCCAAAACCAGCCAAACAGUUCGUCGUUAAGGAGGAGGUAAUCGUAGAAAGAAAAUGGUUGAAGCUUGAAGAAACAACUUACACUGAUCCCUUCGGUAAAACCAGAACUUGGGAAACUGUAAAGCGUACUGGCAACAAAAAGGGAGUUACAGCCGAUGGUGUAGCAGUGAUUGCAGUGCUACAGAGAUCUCUGCACUAUGACUGCAUUGUCCUAGUGAAACAGUUCAGGCCCCCAAUCAAUGGCUACUGCUUGGAAUUUCCUGCAGGCCUCAUUGAGGAAAACGAGUCUGCAGAAAGUGCUGCCCUGCGAGAGCUGAAGGAGGAAACUGGGUACAAGGGGGAGGUCAUUGACUGUACUCCAGCUCUGUGCUUGGACCCAGGAAUGUCAAACAGCACAACACACAUCGUGAAUGUCAUCAUUAAUGGAGAUAAGGCUGAGAAUACAAGACCUAAGCAGAAACUUGAUGAUGGAGAAUUUGUGGAAGUUAUUUCCCUUCCAAAGAACGACCUACUGCAAAGAAUUGAUGAGCUAGUAGCACAAGAUCACCUUGCUGUAGAUGCCAGGGUCUACACCUACGCAUUGGCUCUGAAGUGUGCAGCAGAAAAACCUGUCCAAGAUCCUUUCACCAAGUUUUAA